CCGUGACGGUUGUUUUUGCUAACGCGCGCGUUAUCAUCAACAAAAAUCCAAAAAAAAUCGUGCGCUCGUUAUCUAGAAAAUUUUACACUUUAUUUAUAUUUAUUGAUUUAAAUAGAUUCAGCUGGAUAAGUGAAAAUAACCAAUUUUUUUUCACCUAAAUAAGGAACAUUUCUCAACGAGUCUGGCGCGUGAAACGUAACGCCUGUGCCUCAAGCUAAAUUUGUUCCACGAAUAAAACGAAAAAGAGUAAAAAAUAACAAGAAAAGUGCCUCUGGGAUUUUAUUUACUCGCAAAUAAUUGGAUUAGUGUGGAAUUAUUUCUACUCCAACUGUCUCGUUGUGAUUGGAAGCGGUGAAUUUAGGCAAAUGUUCAGAUGAAGUCUGUGAUAAAUUGAGUGAACGACUGCGGAUCAGGAAGAACUAGAUAAAACUGGAAUUAUCCAUUGAUUCAAUUAUUCUUCUAUCAAAUAAGAAAAUGCUGAUGCCAGGUGCCACGGGACUCAGCGCCGUUGGUGCAGGUCCAACUGGUCCAGAGGAGUUGGUAUCUAGUCUUGGUGCACUUGCUGGUGUAACACCACAGCAGAAGGACACCACCUGGACGAAGUUGUUUGUCGGUGGAUUACCUUAUCACACAACUGAUAAGAGUCUGAGGGAGCAUUUCAAUGUGUACGGGGACAUCGAGGAGGCUGUUGUCAUAACUGACAGACAGACUGGCAAAAGUAGGGGAUAUGGAUUUGUAAUUAUGGGAGACAGACCGGCGGCUGAGCGUGCCUGCAAGGAUCCGAAUCCAAUAAUAGAUGGAAGAAAGGCUAAUGUAAAUCUGGCGAUAUUAGGAGCAAAACCAAGAGGCAAUCUUCAAGCCACUUUUCCAUUCGCAGCUGGAAUUCGAGCUGGAUACCCCACAGUCCUCCCCGGCCAGUAUGGUGUUCCACCUGGUUACAUGUAUCAAUCACCGUACUUAACAGCAGCAGCAGCACCAGGCGGACUUGUGCAAUUACCAACGACGCAAUUGAGUCAUGCAGCGGCUGUUGCAGCGGCAUCACAAUUCUAUGAAUAUCAGAAUGCAGCAGCGGCAGCGGCAGCAGCUGCUGCUGCAGCAGCCACGUAUCCGGGUACGUCAUCCUACAACUUCGCCGAGGCGGCCGCCUAUCCAUACACCAGCGCUGCCGCGGCCGGUACGUCUUUAAAACAGCGCAACGAACGCAGCAGCCGCCAGUUACGUAACACCGUAUACGUACGCAACCCUACCAGGUGCAGGAGCAUUGCAGGGUGCAACGACGACGGGUGGUGCAUUCCCGGGUUUGCCUUACCAAACAACACCCCAGGAAGCGAGACUUCAAUAGAACCCCCUCGAGUCUAAAUUAGUGAGAUAUUAACGAAAGAAGCAUGAGAAAGAAUAAAGUACUAAGGAAUAGUCCCGCAACGAUUCUAUAAAAAUCAUAAAUGAAGAAAGAAAAAAGUUUAAUUGAAUUCACUAGCGAAGCAGUAAAACGGUUCAAGUCGA